ACCAUAAAUCAGUUGAGUGUAAUUAAAUAUUCCCUCUGCAGACCCACGAGUGAGACACGCGCACUAAGUUCUUAUUAUCACGGAUGCUCGUGCCCGCUCCGCCCCACACUUAGAAUAAAUGCAUGUGUGACUGCAGGGAAAGUGGACGCUUUUUUUUUUUGCCUUUUUUUUCUUGUGUUUGUAGUGAACCGGAAACCUGCGGGGCUCGAACCCGCGGUCACUCGACGGCUCCGCAGGACGCAGACCUGAGCGCCGCGGCUUCUCCGACUGUUGCCGAGGAAACAUCGUCCACCGCCGGGAACCAGGAGCCGCAGGAUCCCGGGCAGGACCCGCAGAGAGUCUGACGGGCUGCUAGACUCCUCUCCAUCAUGCCGUCCCGGCCCCGCCCCGCGCUGCUCCUCUUCCUGCUCCUGGUCCUGUGGAUGGAACCCUCCGUUGCCACGGACAACAUCACGGACAGUCUCCAAACGGUCACUCUGGCGGCCAUCUUGCCGCUGACUAACACAAACUACGCGUGGGCGUGGCCUCGCAUCGCCCCGGCCCUUUACCAGGCCAUCGGCCGGGUGAACUCUGACCCCCGGCUGCUGCCGGGCCUGCAGCUCCAGCUGGUCCACGGCAACUCGGAGAACCGGGAGGGUUUCUGCUCCGACUCCAUGGCCCCGGUGGCCGCCGUGGACCUGAAGCUGUCCAGCGACCCCUGGGCCUUCUUCGGACCCGGGUGCGACUACUCGUCCUCCCCCGUGGCUCGCUUCACCACCCACUGGAAGGUUCCCAUGGUGACGGCCGGGGCCCCCGCCAUCGGCUUCAACCUGUACGCGGCCGUCACGAACACCGGCCCCACGCACAAGAAGCUGGGAGAGUUCAGCAUGAAGAUCCAGGAGACGUUCGGCUGGCGGCACGCCAUGCUCAUCUUCAGCGACAACAAGGACGCCAACGAUGACAAGCAGUGCUACUUCGCCGUGGAGGGGCUGUACAACCUCAUGAGACAGCACAACAUCUCCAUCUACGACUACUUCCUAGGGGGGGAUGUCAACUACAAGCUGAUGGUCCAAACCAUCCGAGACAACGGCCGAGUGGUGUACCUGUGCUGCUCCUGGGACCUGUUCAGGACUCUGAUGGUGCAGCUCUGGAAGGAGGGGGUGGAUCUGGAGAACUACGUCUUCUUCUUCAUCGACCUGUUUGGAGAGAGUUUGAGGGGGGGCCGACCCGUCCGGCCGUGGUUCAGAGGAGACCAGGACGACUGUUCAGCCCGCCUGGCCUUCAGGAGUGUGAAGGUGCUGAGCUACCUGGAGCCCCAGAAUUCAGAAUAUCCCCAGUUUGUGGAAGAUCUGAAGAGGGAUGCAAAGAAAAUGUUCAACUUCACCAUCGAAGAUUCUCUGUACAACCUGAUCGCUGGAGGGUUCUAUGAUGGAGUCAUGCUGUACGCUCAGGCUCUGAACGAGACGCUGACUGAGAUGAAACCCCGUACAGUCCCGUUGAAGAGACCCGAGGAAGACGUGGUGACCCGGAAGAUGUGGAACCGGACCGUCCCGGGAGUGAUGGGGAUGGUGGAGAUGGACGAGUUUGGAGACAGAGAGAUGGACUUUGCCGUGUGGGACAUGACGGAUGUGGAAUCUGGAGAGUUUCAGGUGGUGAGUGUGUAUAACAGCAGCAUGAAGCAGCUGAUCCCGCAGAAAGGUCUGGACUUCCAGUGGCCCGGCGGCUCUCCCCCUCCAGACAUCCCCGAGUGCGGCUUCAAAAACGACAUGCCGGCCUGCCUGACACGUACAGUUACAAUGCAUCAAAUGGUUGCCAUGGUGAUCUGCUUUGUCUUUGUUAUCAUCGUCACCAUCACUAUCUUCAUCUACAGGAAGCUGAAGCUGGAGAGUGAACUAGCAGCUCAGCUGUGGAGAGUUUACUGGGACGACAUCCAGAUGAGCAACCUGGAUAAAGUUCUGAGGAGGGCGUGCAGCCGACUCACCAUGUCUCUGAAAGGUUCCAACUACGGCUCUCUGAUGACCAUGGAGGGAAACUUUCAAAUCUACACCAAAACUGGAUACUACAAGGGAAAUUUGUCAGCAAUCAAGUACAUCAACAAGAAGCGCAUUGAACUGACGAGGAAGGUCCUGUUUGAACUAAAACACAUGCGAGAUGUUCAAAAUGAACACCUGACACGCUUCAUUGGUGCAUGUAUUGACCCGCCAAACAUGUGCAUCAUUACUGAGUAUUGUCCUCGGGGCAGCCUGCAGGACCUGAUGGAGAGUGACAGCAUCACUCUUGACUGGAUGUUCAGAUACUCUCUCAUCAUCGACAUCGUCAAGGGAAUGGCAUUCCUCCACAACAGUGUCAUCGUCUCCCACGGUAACCUGAAAUCAUCCAACUGUGUGGUGGACAGCCGCUUCGUCCUGAAGAUCACCGACUACGGACUGCAGAGUCUCCGGACCAGCAGCUGUCCUGACGACACACACGCCUACUACGCCCGUAAGUUGUGGACGGCUCCAGAGCUGGUGAGGGCGGAGUGUCCUCCGUCCUGUGGGACCCAGAAGGGAGACAUCUACAGCUUCGGCGUCAUCCUGCAGGAGCUGGCUCUGCUGAAAGGAGUGUUCCACCUCGACACGCACACCCUCACUCCUAAAGAGAUCGUCCAGACGGUGAUCCGGGGGGACGUGCCCCCCCUCCGUCCCUCCCUCUGCUUCCACAGCCACAGCGAGGAGCUGGGGGUCCUGAUGCAGCGCUGCUGGAGCGAAGAGCCAAGCGAGAGACCCGACUUUCACACCAUCAGGAUCCUGCUAAGGAAGCAAAACAGAGGUUAUGGCUCCAACAUCCUGGACAACCUGCUGUCUCGUAUGGAGCAAUAUGCAAACAACCUGGAGGAGCUGGUGGAGGAACGAACUCAGGCUUAUAAUGAGGAGAAACGCAAGGCGGAGGCGCUGCUCUACCAGAUACUACCACAUUCUGUAGCCGAGCAGUUGAAGCGGGGGGAGACGGUUCAAGCUGAGGCUUUUGACUCCGUCACCAUCUACUUCAGUGAUAUCGUUGGUUUUACUGCACUUUCUGCUGAGAGCACACCACUGCAGGUUGUGACCUUUUUAAAUGAUCUCUACACCUGCUUUGAUGCGAUCAUAGACAACUUUGAUGUUUACAAGGUGGAGACCAUCGGGGACGCCUACAUGGUGGUGUCGGGUCUGCCGGUCAGGAACGGGAAGCUCCACGGGCGAGAGGUGGUCCGGAUGUCUCUUGCCCUGCUGGAGGCCGUGAAGAGUUUCAAGAUCCGACACCGGCCCAGCCAGCAGCUCCGGCUCCGCAUCGGCAUUCACAGCGGUCCCGUCUGUGCUGGUGUCGUCGGGUUAAAAAUGCCCAGGUACUGUUUGUUUGGAGACACAGUCAACACUGCGUCACGCAUGGAAUCCACAGGAGAGGCCUUGAAGAUUCACGUAUCGGAGGCGACGUGUCAGGUCCUGCAGGAGUUCAGCUGCUUCCAGCUCCAGCUCAGAGGAGAGAUUGAAGUGAAGGGGAAAGGACGUAUGAGGACAUACUGGCUAUUAGGAGAAAAUGAUAAAAACUGACAAAGGGAUGGAAGAGACUCAAGGAGGACUCUGGGAAAGACUUCAUCUGAUGGAUGAAGGGCUAAGGAAAGACUGACAGGAAACGGCUGUAUUAAACCUGCCCAUCUCUCCAGUUGGAGGGGUAAAUGUGACGUCUUAAAAUGUUCAAGUCAGUGACUUACUGAACUGAGCUGGUUUCACCAGAAAUAAACUGUAGAGAAAAAGACAGACGAAUGAAUGUUUCACUGUAAAAUAAGUCAUAGAAAAGCAAGUUGUGUAAAUACAAAAAUAAAAUGUGUUGUUACAUGUGUGUUGAUGUUUCUUAAUAUUAAGCAAUAUAUUUGUAACUACUUUCUCCACUGAUAUGAAGACAUUUUUUGACUUGUCUAUAAGCAAGAAAACUACCAAAGCAAAAUUUGUAUAAUAUAUAACAAGAACUAAAGUUUGAAUGUCUUAACAUGGUGUCAGCAUCUUGUGAUAGAAAUAUCUUGCAUUUGGAGAACAAUACAAGGUAAUACCAGAAUCAUAACAGUUUGUGCAGAAACUCUCAGAUGAUACUUAACUGUGAGAUAAAAUAUCGAUAACAGAUUUAACCA